AUGGAGCGGGCCGGGGCGCGGGGACUGCGGGGCGGACGCCGCCCGCCCGGACUCGGGCUCGGGCUCGGGCUGGCGCUGCUGCUGCUGCUGCUGGCCGGGCUGCCGUCGGGCCGCGCGGGGGCCCCCGAGGCUCCGGAGGCGGCGGGCACGGCGGGCACGGCGGGCCCGGCGGCCCCGGCGGCGGGCGGCGAUCGCUGCCGCGGCUACUACGACGUGAUGGGCCAGUGGGACCCGCCCUUCAACUGCAGCUCGGGCGCCUACAGCUUCUGCUGCGGCACGUGCGGCUACCGCUUCUGCUGCCACGACGGCCCGCGGCGCCUCGACCAGAGCCGCUGCUCCAACUACGACACGCCCGCCUGGGUGCAGACCGGCCGGCCGCCCGCGCGCGCCCGCGACCCCGCGGCGCCCCGGGACCCGGGCCGCGAGCGCAGCCACACGGCCGUCUACGCCGUGUGCGGCGUCGCCGCGCUGCUCGUGCUGGGCGGCAUCGCCGCGCGCCUGGGCCUGGAGAGGGCGCACAGCCCGCGCGCGCGGCGCACCGUCACCAGGACGCUGACAGAACUUCUGAAGCAGCCAGGCCCCCAGGAACCACUGCCUCCUCCACUGGGCCCGCCCUUAGGUAGCUGUGUCCAGGUCCAAAUGGGUGAUGGCCUACCUCGGGGGUCCCCCCACAACAGCACAGACAAGAAACGCCUCAGCAGUGCUCCUCUGGGGCCGGCCGCCCCGGGCCCCCCGCGCGGGCCGCGGCUGCCGGGCGGCGGCGGCGGCGGCAGCUUGACCUUGCAGCCCGACUACGCCAAGCUCGCCGCCCUCAAGGCCGCGGCGCUCAAGGCCGCAGAGGCCGCCCCGCAGGACUACUACUCGCGCUUCCCCGCCGCCGCCGCCGCCGAGCUGGCCCCGCGGACGCUCCCGGCGCGGGCCCCGCGCGCGGCUCCGGAGGACUUGCCCGCCCUGCUGGACGCCUGCCCCUGGGCCCCGCCGAGCUACGCGCCCCCCGCCCCGGCGGGCCCCUACGCCGCCUGGACCGCCGGCCGGCCCGCCCGAUGCGUGCCCCGCGGCCACUUGGCCCCGGCCUCCCCGGCGCCCCGGCGGCCCGGCCCCGCGCCCCGCCGCCAGGUGAGCGCGGAGAAGCUCCCCGAGGCGUUCGGCUACGGCAGCGCGGGCCGCGGGCCUCGCCACCUGAGCACCAACAGCAAGACCGAGGUCACCGUGUGAGGCAGGGCCGGCACCGAA